GGAGGGGCAGCUAGAUGAAUAAAAAUUAAAACAGAAGAAAAGUUCUUAAAGCUAACAUUUGGCUCUCUUAAAAUAUUUAAAGCUUAGAUAACUUAGUGCAGUUUUUUUCUUAGGAAGUCUUAUAUUUAUAAUUUUAUUGCAGAGGGCCCUUUGUGUGAGAAAAAAAGAAGAGAAAAUGAUGAGUCUGCUGUGCAUCACAAUACUCUCCCUCACCCUGGCUGGCAGUGCAUACAGUCUGCCAACAGGCACUCCUCCACCACUUGCAGUUAAGGUUUUGGCUGAGCUGGGUGGCAAUGUCAGCCUUCCCUGCCGACUCCUGUCCAAAGACACGAUGGCUAGUGUUGGUAUCCGAGUCAAAUGGACCAAGGUGGCAGAUGAUGAAGCGAUGAAUCAGGAUGUGCUGCUCUCAAUGGGAUUCCACAAAAAGACCUAUGGAAGCUUCGAGAACCGUGUCUUUUUGCCGGAAACAGACAAUGAAGAUGCCUCCAUGAUAAUAAAUGACAUCUCCAAGGAUGACAUGGGAAAAUACCGCUGUGAGAUCACCAAUGGGAUGGAAGACACCGUGCAAGAGGUUAUUUUGGAAGUGCAAGGUGGUCUCACUGAUGGUGUUGUGUUCCCAUAUUCCCCAAGCAUGGUCCGCUACAGCAUGAACUUCGAACAAGCUGUGCAGGCCUGUGAGGGACAGAAUGCCUCUGUAGCCACCUUUGAUCAGCUGUUUGCGGCCUGGGAGAGUGGCAUGGACUGGUGCAACGCUGGCUGGCUGGCUGAUGCCACUGUGCAGUAUCCCAUCAAUACCCCCAGAGGGCCUUGUGGUGGCACCGAUAACGGCCCUGGUGUCAGAAGCUAUGGCUCCCGUAACAAAGAGAACAGCAAAUUUGACGUGUUCUGCUUUUCUUCAGAGCUCAAAGGGGAUUUCUAUUGGCUGGUGCAGCCCGACAGGCUGACCUUUGACGAAGCUGUGCAGGCGUGCAUAGAUGAUGGUGCAGAGAUCGCCAAGGUGGGUCACAUAUACUCCUCUUGGAAGCUGGAAGGCUACGAUCGCUGCGAUGCUGGCUGGUUGGCUGAUGGAAGUGUCCGCUACCCCAUCUCCAGGCCCCGCAAGAACUGCAGCCCCACAGAAGCUGCAGUGCGCCUUGUCGGGUUCCCAGACAAGAUGCAAAAGUCUCACGGUGUCUACUGUUUCAAGGAGGAGCAGUGAGGCAGUAGGUCAGAGUAGGGAAGCAAUAACCACCAAAGAGCAGCAACAAUUACAACCAAUAAAAUCACCAUAAAGCGAUAAGCUUCUGAUCCUAAUUAGCAUGAGCUCAAUACCUUUCUGAAACUGUGAUAACCCUCUUUAACUUUAAAAAAACAAAUACUGUACACCUUACUUCCAUAUGCAAUGAAUGACAAAAUAUUUUGUAGCCAUUAAGUUUUGUUUUUCUUUAACUGUGCAUUCAUUAAUUUUACACAGACUUUUUGGGAAAAGGCAACAGUGUUAAUGUAUGAGUGAUGUGACAGAGACAAGAACUUGAUGGUUGUGAAACAUGAUCUAAGUUUGGUUUGUCCUCCGCAGAAUGAUCAGAUGUGUGAAGUUCUAGAUUUAGAGCAUUUACGCUCAUGUGCAGAUGACAUUUGCUGCUUUAAAAUUGAUCUUAAGAACGAAACGAUGUGAUAUGUUAUGCAUUUAUCAAAAACAACGUAUCACAUCAAAGGAAAACCUGAAUUACAGAGUCAAACAUACUACCACUGUUGAGCUAUGGCUAUGUGAUAUUGCAGUAAGUAUUCAACUGGAUCCUCCUUUAUUCUGAGUUUAAGCUCUUUUUUUCCACCCCUAAACUGCAGGAUGUUGUGAUCAAAUUUACUGUUUAACAAAGAAAAUGAAUGUAAAUGUCUUAAUGGACUGUGACCUAUUUUGCAUUGAUAGCUCCCAUUACACCAACUCUCAAUUACAAUUUGAAAGACUUCUACUAUUGUAACCAUAUGCAGUAUGUCUG